AUGUAUUAUCAUAAUCCUGAUCCAUAUUAACCUGUUUAAACACAUGGUUAGUAUAAUGAGAAGACACAUAGAAACAGUGGAUUUUUAACAGAAACCCAAGAUGAUUAUGCUGAUUACUAAUAUUAUGAUCCUUACUAAAGUUAAUUACAUAAUAGAACUUAUCUGACUGAUGUUCGUCCUCUAAAUUAUAGUAUGAUUAUUGAAUCUAUAAUAGCAAACAAUGAAUAUCCUCCAUAUUCACUCAAAAUAGGAUAACCAUAAUUAUAUUUUGAUCCUAACGAUCCCAGCAAUAUUCCAUUUAUGCCUCAUGAAAGUAAGCAUUUUUUAAUCAUUCAAGGAUACGAUGAUGGAUAUGAAGAAUAUGUACUAUAAUUUAUCAAAAAUUUGCCAAGAUCUACUUAAAAUUUUGAGGAAGUUGCUUUUGCAAAAUAUUUAGCUGAAUGCUCCAUUAUUGAUAAGAAUAUCUGGAAAUUAUAGAGGAUGCUAAAAUAAGAUUAAAGAUUCAAUGUUAAAUUACUUUUUGAUUUCUUUGAUUCUAAAAAGAAUGGAACUAUAGAUUAUAAUGAAUUUCAGUUAGGAUUAUAGAAAUUGGACAUUAUUUUGAAUUCUACUGAAUUGACUUAAAUGUUUCUUCGUUAUGGAGGCAUGGAUGAUAAUCAAAUCUCAUCAGUUGAAUUCAAGUAUAUGCUAAUAGGUCCAGAUGAUUAAUAGUAAUUUAUGUAAUUUGGAGCAAUGCAUUAUAUGCAUCAUCCAUUAAAAUAGAAUAUUCCAUAGUUUCUUUCUGUUGCUUAACGAGAAUGGAUAUGUGAAAUAAUGCAUCUAUAAUUGUAAUUAGAAAAAAACCUAAAUUUUAUUAAAGAAGUUAUUGGAACAAAGGAUAUCCUAUUAGCUUUAUUUAAAUAAUUAGAUAUCGGAAUGAAGGGUUACAUUACUAAUUAAGACUUAAUUAUUUACAUGAAUCAAUUAGGAGGAUAAUUUGAAUCUUAAGAUUUAAAAGGUUGUUUAGGAAGAAUGUCCAAGUAAUUAUUUAAAUAUCUUUAGAGUUCAUUGUAGUCGUAUAAAUUUUAAUGAAUUCAAAAGAGAAUUCUUUUUAGACAAAAAGUAGAAAUCAGACUAAGAUUAAAAUAUUGAUAUCAUGAGUGAUAGGAAAAAAACAAGGCAAAAAGAUUACAUUUAAGAAUUGCAUCAAAGAACAAGAGACUUAUAAAAUUAAUAAUAAUAAGCUUAAAAACUCUCUACUGAACGUAAAUCUCAACCUUUACUCACUAAUACAUAAAAUAAAUAGCCUUAGCCAUAUGUUAUAUAACCACCAUUAGUAUAAAAAAAGAAAUAAGAAUAAUUAUCGUAGUAAAAUGAUGAUGACUUAGAUGAUUUAUUGUUUCCUGGUUUUUAAAAAUACGAAUUACAACCAUUAGAUAAGGAAUAUUGAUAAUAUGCAAAUAC